AUGCAAACCUCUUUCACAUUUAACUUCGACUACAUCUUUCAGAUUGACCCACCGAGUGCGACGGCGGGCAGCGGAGGCGCCGGCGGUCAUCAUGGGACCAGCGGUGGCGCAUCGGCAGGCGGGGGGCACUUGAUGGUGACGAAUACGGGAGCAGACGAUGGUAGUUCCGAUGACGCGAAUACGCCGCUUCAUUCUCCGAAAUCGCAAAACACUAGUCGAGAAGAAGACGAUAGUUCGAAUGCUAACGAAUCAGAUUGCAAAAGUCCGAGCCAAAGCGAUGUACUUUUUGAUGUAUUGCAGAAACGUUCUCUAGAUAUAAAUAACUGUGCAUCUCAAAUUAAAAAUGCGCAGAAUCAACGAAACGCUAAAAGAAGUAAAGUUAUUUUUGCAAAUAUAAUUGAUUCAGUUUCCCUAAGAACAGAACUGCCCACCGUGAUGGGCGCAUAA